AUGGCGGCGUCGUGCAUCUCGAGCUGCUUCACGGCGGUCACCCUUGUCCUCCUGAUGGCGGCUCUCAUCCCGAAUGCAGCUGCCGAGAAUCGCACGGCCGCUUUUGUGGUCGACUGCCGAAAUGACAUUGUGCUGCCCCAGCUCGCGGAUCUGCUGCAACUUACCAACGCUACCACCGUGCUCAUGUACGGUGACGACUCGGGCGGAUGCUGCGACCUCUUUGGCGAUCGAGCCUGGCCCAACAUCCACAGCGUCGAGCUCCGUUGCAUGCCCCACGAUCCCAACAUGGACCUGGCCGCCCUCAAGAGCAUCGACACCCACAUCACCCUGCCCAACCUCCUUCACUUUGAGCUCAUCAACUGCUCUCGACUCCUCUCCUUCCCACACUUUGACGCCCCCAAUCUCCAGUCCCUGCGCCUUCAAAAUGUUGACCUUGACAACGUCCGCGCCAUCUCCAACUUUCCCGCCCUUCGCGAAAUUAACUUUGAUACCACCGCCAUUACCCAUCUUCCCCCCUUGCCCUGUCAGGUCGAAAUCAUCAACGUUCACAACUCCCCCAUCUUUAGCCUCGAAGCUGAAAGUUUCACCUGUGCAAGACCCACCGUGGCCAACCUCAGUGGCAAUUCCAUUGAACAAAUUGAUCCUGAUUGCUUCACCGCCUCAAACAAUCUUCGCGUUUUCGACAUGUCCGGCAACAUGCUCGAAGUGAUGGCCCUUGAUCCCAACAACGACUUUCCCGUCCUCGAAGUGUUUAGCCUGGCCAACAACUUUUUGACCCUCCUCACAGGCGCCUUCAGCGCUGGUGCCAUGACCUACCUCUCCGUGGCUGCCAAUCGCCUGACUGCCUUUGACUCGGGCGUCUUCAGCCAUCUCAGCAAACUCACCGAACUCGACCUGUCUGACAACCACUUUACCAGCCUCCAGCCCCAUGUUCUUGAUCCCCUUACCGCCCUCGAGCGCAUCCACCUCGAGAACAACCGACUGACAGCCUUGGAUGCUGACGUCUUUGCCAAGCUCCCCGCCCUGCGCAACAUCACCAUUAGCAACAACGCCAUCACCACCCUCGAUUCCACCAUCUUCGCCCACAACCCUCAGCUGCAGAACCUCAUCAUCUUUGGCAAUAGCCUCACCGAGUUGGCCCCCGAUAUCUUUCACAACAACCCCCACCUUCGUUACGCUGACAUGUGUGACAACUUUUUCACCACCUUCCCCGCCCCCCUCUUCCAAAACAAUCCCAACCUUGAGAUUUUCAGUGCCAGCGCUACCAACAUCCGCCACCUCCCCGCCGGCCUCUUUGCCGGCCUCACCCGCCUCCAAGACUUUUACGUGGUCAACUCCCUCCUCACCACCCUCCCCUCGGGCCUGUUUGAUGACACCGUCAGCCUUCGCUCGCUGAUGCUCGGCGGCAACAUGUUCACCACCCUCCCCGAUGGCUUGUUCUCCAAGCUCCACCGCCUCAGCCAGCUCGAUAUUGGUGGUCACCGCAUGUCUCGCGUUGACGUUGAGGCCCUCGGCGUUCCCAACAACGUCACCCUCCUCUCCAUCUCCUCCCAAAGUGCCGAAUACGGUUGCAUUGUGGCCACCACCCAGCACCCCUUUCGCAACUUGGCCUCCUUCAACAGCUCGGGCUGCAGUUUGGAGCCCCAGAUGCUGCAAAGCGUCCUCCACAGCGCCCCAGCCCUCAGCAUUCUCCAAAUCGGAGGGCCCCAGCUCUGCGCCCUCAACGGCUCCACAACCCUCACCCUCAAUCGCCUACCCAACUCUCUUUCUCUCAUUAGCGUGGCCAACAGUGACUGCCAAGUCAUCUCGCUAGGCGGCGCCUACAUCGACUCGCUCUUUGUGCAGUUUAAUGAAGGCCUCACCGCGCUCACCGUCAACGCGCCUCGCGCCGUCGAAGCCAGUAUCAACAACAAUCCCCAGCUCUCCAAGAUUAACGUCUUCCCCGUUCAGGUGCUGGACAUUAGCAACACGGCCCUCGAUCACAUGCCUGCAUUUUGCACCGUCAUGGGCACCCAAAGCUUCUCUGCCCGUGGCAUGCAAGACUCGGAUCUCUUUACCUACGGCGCUGCGAGCAUCCUGCGCACCUGCCUCACCCACGGCGUCUCGGUGAUGGAUUUCUCCAAUAACGUUGACCUCAACAACCUCGACAACGUUGACCUCAACUACCGCGUACUCAUCUCCUUUGAGCUUCAGCCGGGUGAAAACUAUUGGCUCGAUGGCAUGCAGCUCUUGCGUCUCGACGUCGUGCCCAGCCUUUCCUUCGUCAAUAGCCCCGUCCAAUGCGAGAUCAUGCCCGACUACGGGACUGCCGUCGUCGUCUCCGCCGACAUGUCCAUCGACUUUGCUCCCUUGCAUUAUCACGCCAUCAACUGUCGUUGCACCUCGGGCUACACCAACGCCGGUGGCCUGUGCAAGGCCGUCAAGCCCAGCUUUUGGGACUACAAGGGUGCCGUCGCCGUUGUUUUCAUUUUUCCCGGUCUCGCCCUGCUCCUGAUCGUAGCCUACUUGGCGCGUCGCCGCCUGCGUCGCAUGUACGACAACAUUGAGCUCAAGCAGCGCCUUCUCAGCGACACCGAGGCUCAGGUGGAGGAGCUCAAGCGAGGCUGGCAAAUUGAUGCCUCGGAGAUUCGCCUUUUGGAGCGCAUCGAUGGCGACUCGCAGGGCGCAUUUGGCUCUGUCUAUGCGGCCGACUGGGACCACAUGCGCGUCUGUGUCAAGCUCCUCCGCGAGGGCAUGUCCUUUGACGAGAUGACCGAGGGUGUCUUUGAUCGCGAAAUCAAUUUUUUACAGCGCUUCCGUCAUCCCCAGCUCGUGCGCUUCUUUGGCGCUGGCCACAUGCCUGCCGAUGGCACGGAUGUUCCCUUUCUGGUCCUCGAGCUCGUAGAUCGUGGCUCACUGGCCCAGGUCUUGUUGAAGGAGAGCCUGACGCGGGCGCAAAAGCUGAGUAUUCUUUUGGAUGUGGCCCGGGGUAUCGAGCACCUGCACAGCCAUGGCGUGGCACACCGUGACCUCAAGAGCGGCAACGUGCUCAUUUCCAGCGACUUUCGGGCCAAGGUCUCCGACUUUGGGAGUGUCAAGCGCUUCUACCGCAAAGCUGAAGGCAACGACGACAUGAGCGAUGUUGAUGCAUCGGCAGCCGUUCACUCGGCCAAUCUCCAGUACACCAUGAGCUUGGGGACUCCGCUCUACCUCAGCCCCGAGGUGCUGCGCGGGGAAGCACACGACGGCUUCAAGGUGGACGUCUUUGCCUUUGGCGUGUUGUGUUAUGAGACGGCGCACCAAAAGGUCCCGGAUCUGGUUGGACAGUUUGGCGACUUUCGCGGCCCCUUUCUCUAUCGACUCGGUCAGCUGCUGGAUGCCGGACAUCGUCUGCAGUUGGAUACGGAUGCUUGCGACGUGCCUGUCGGCCUGGCCAAUCUCAGUCUCUCUUGCAUGGCUGGCCCCAUGCACGAGCGGCCCACCUUUGAUGUCAUUGUAAAUGCCCUUCAGGACCUCGAUCUUCAACUUCUCACUUUAAACCCGCUUCUUUUACCACUGCUGCCAUAUGGUAUCUACAUCAACUGCUUAUACUACUGCAUUUUCUUUGAUGUGACCUCGCCUAUUAUCGCGUGUCGUUUCGAUUCGGACCGACCCCCUUUUGCCUGCCGUGUGCUCUUGGAAAUGGACAUGGCAACAGCGACGACAGGACAAAUGGCGGCGUGGCCGUCUCUGCUUGGGGAAGUGCGGACGCUCUUGGCCGCAGAGGACAAGCUGCCAGCUUGCCGCCCAAGUCAUGUGUGCGGGAGCAAGGAUGGGAGCUGCCUCUUUUUCCUCUUCUCGCUCGAGCAGGGCUCCCAACAAGACAUUUUCCGCCUCCAAGUGAAUGGCCCCGUGCCCAAACUUGAAAACUUGACUGCCGUCCUGGCACAGCCUGCUGCCGCUGCUCAGACCAAGGAGGAAGAGCUGCUCCGCGAGCGUCAACGCCAAUACACGACUGGUGUCACAAGCUUUGUCUAUGACCCGGCGGAGGAUGUCAUCUUCUUCCCCUUUGCCUCAACGCACGCUCUCAUGCGUGAGGCGACAACGCGCAAGCCGACCACGCCGCCCCAUUUGCUGCCAUCCCGGGCUCGCUUCGAUGCCAAGCUCUGCCCGGGCAACAGCUCCUGGCUGGCGUACUGCCAUGACGGCGAGGUGUGGCUUGAGAACACCGACGUCAAUCGUCUUUGGGCCAUCACCGACGCCAAAGACCAAGGCACCAAAAAGCACCAGACGGCGGGUAUUCCUUCUUAUAUUGUCCAGGAAGAAUUUAGCCGCUUCACUGGCUUUUGGUGGGCUCCAGACGGCAGCAGUAUUUUGGUGGAACUUGUGGACGAGGGCCACGUUCGCCAAGUGCAUGUCACGGACCAGAUGUUUCCUGGUGGCGAAGAUAGCACCUUUGUUUAUCCGCGGGCCGGUGAUGCGAACGCCCUGACUGCGCUCACGCUUGUGGCCAUCGACUUUGAAGCCUGCCUGGCUCAGCCAGACACGCCGGGGCUCAUGGCCAAGGCCACGCGGGGUGUCAUGGAGCUGGCCCACCCCGACCGCGAGUAUCUCGUCAACGCCGGCUUUGCUGGCUCGCCCCACCGCAUUUGGCUGCUGACCCUUGAUCGCGCUCAGCGGCAUCUCCGCCUUGAACUGACCAGCAAGACCGCGCUGCUUCACGACGAAGGCCGCGAGACGGAAGUCAUGCUUGAAGUGACGCACCGCUCUUGGGUCAACACCUACACGACCAUUGGUUUUGUCGCUGAAGACCUGCUCAAGCCCGCUGCCGGCAGCCAGGGCUCGCGCAUCGUUGGCUACUGGAUCACUGAUCGAAGCGGCUUUGAUCACAUUGAGCUCUUUGAGCGCACAGACAGCGGCACCCAAGUGGUUCCGGUCACAAGCGGCAAGUGGCCCGUACUGGACUCGGCGUCUGUGCAGCUGGACAUGGCCACGGGCCGCUUCUGCUUCUUCGCGCGCAAGGAUACACCCUUGCAAGCGCACAUGUACAUGACGGCGGUGCCGGCACAUUGGCAAGCAUUCGUGGCUGGCGAGCACUCCUUGGCUAGCGUGUCCUAUGCCGCAGAUUUCCAGCGUCUCUCUCCAGAAGCGCAGCUUAAGCAAGCCUUGGUGACGCUGGAGUCUUCGCAUCAGGCACCGCAGCUGGCACUGCUUGUUCUCGAGAGCGGCUCGUAUACCAUGUUGCAAAGUACCGAAAUGUCGGCAUUGCACCUGAGGCCGCGCUUUUUCCCCAUCGUCAUGCCAAACGGCUGCACAUACCAUUCAAUGGUUCUUUCUGCGACACAGUCCAGUGAUCAGCCUCGGCCCGUGGUCUUGUACGUGUAUGGAGGCCCACACGUCCAGCUGGUCCAGGAUGUCCCCAUCCGGCGGCGCGCUGCUCUUUUUCAAGCCUUUUUGAAUCGCGGCUUCAACGUGGUGAUGAUUGACGUGCAUGGAUCCACGGGCCGCGGACGUCUGUUCGAGGAGCCCCUGAACCGGCGCAUGGGUACCUUUGAGAUUGACCAUCAAAUCAAAGCUCUCCAAACACUGCAUAGCCAGCACCCCGAGCUUGGUUUGGAUCUCUCUCGAGUCGGCGUGCACGGAUGGAGCUAUGGUGGUUAUGCUAGCUUGAUCGCUCUGGCAACGCGGCCUGACUUUUUCAAGGUCGCCGUGGCAGGUGCACCCGUCACGCUUUGGGAAGCGUAUGACACGGGGUACACAGAGCGCUACAUGGGUCAGCCAAAGGACGAACCCGAGGCAUACCGUCGUGGCAGCGUCCUAGAAAUGGCAAAUGGGUUCCCCGACGAGUACGGACGGUUGCUGAUCAUGCACGGCUUGAGCGAUGAGAAUGUGCACUUUUCGCACACGGCCACACUCAUUGAUCGCCUGCACGAGCUCGGCAAACCAUAUGAGCUUCAAGUGUACCCGCGUGCCCGCCACGGCGUGCGCACGCCACACGAGCGCAUCCAUCAUACCGCAGCGAUUGUUCGCUACAUUGCCAAGGGCUUGUGAGGCCAGCCCCAGUGCCUCAACCGCCGCUGUGCAGGCUAAGAGCCAAUCGAGUCAAAAAAAG